UUAUUGAAAUUAUUGAAAACAACAAAAUUUCAAUAAAAAAUGCAUAUUUAUAAAAUAUUAUAAAAUUUACAUAUUUGAGAUAAAAUACAAAAACGUCAAACUUCUAGCAAUAAAAUGUACUAUUUGUUCAAAAGGUAUUUGCCUGUAUUUCCAUUAAUUUUGCGUAUUCGGAAUAUAAAUUAUAGCGCAAUAAAUUUUUCUUUACCAACGGAUAGUGUAAUGAACAUUUUUGAUAGAAAUACGAAACUAUUACAAAGAGAACGUGCUGCACAAAUAGCUGAUGUAAAACUAUACGAUUAUAUCAAAGAUGAAGUAGGUUAUAGACUUGCAGAUAGAAUAUUUGAUAUAAAAAGGAAUUUCAAAAAAGCGCUUGAUUUAGGAUGUGGUCGUGGUCAUGUGUCAAAAUAUAUUUUAGCUGAACGUGUGGAAGAAUUAAUUUUAAUUGAUAUGUCAACUAGCUUUAUACGUCAAGCAGAAACCACUGAAGGAAUUAAAGUAUCACGGAUAGUUAUGGAUGAAGAAAAUUUUUCAAUUGAAUCAAAUAGUUUAGAUUUAGUAAUAAGUUCAUUAAGUUUGCACUGGGUGAAUGAUUUACCAGGUUGUUUUAAAAGUAUUAAUAAAAGUUUAAAAAAUGAUGGAGUUUUUAUAGGGGCUAUGUUUGGAGGAGAAACAUUAUAUGAAUUAAGAAGUUCUUUACAAUUAGCAGAAUUAGAAAGAGAUGGUGGAAUUUCACCACAUAUUUCUCCAUUUGCAGAUGUUAAAGAUAUUGGAAAUUUAUUAACAAGAGCUAAUUUUACUAUGUUAACAAUCGAUGUAGAUGAAAUUGUUAUUGGAUAUCCAAGUAUAUUUGAAUUAAUGUGGGAUUUAAAAGGUAUGGCAGAAAAUAAUGCAAUUAGAAACCGAAAAUUACAUUUAAAUAAAGAUACUGUUCUUGCUGCUGCAACAAUAUAUAAAGAAUUAUAUGGAAAAAUUAAAGAAGAUGGUAGUUCAUAUGUACCUGCUACAUUUCAAGUAAUUUAUUUAUUAGGUUGGAAACCAGAUCCUUCACAACCCAAGCCUCUGAAAAGAGGUACUGGACAGAUUUCUCUUAAAGAUUUGUACAGACUGGAUGAAAUUAUAAAAGAAACAAAAAAAAUUAAUAUAGAUGAAGAUAAAUAAUUAUUGUAAUAUAUUUGUAUUAUAUAUUAAAUAUAAAAAUUAAUGUAUUUAUUAUAUAAAUCUUCUUACAAUU